AUGGAAACUAUAAAAAUUCCAUUAUUAUUAGUUUUAUUGCUUUUUUCAUUUGCCUGUGUAAAUGGUUUAACAUGUUCAAAUGAUGAAAUUCUUCAAGUAUUCAAUGGUAUAAAAUAUUGUGCCCCCAACAAUCUUGAUCGAUGUCAAGGAGUCACCUGCCCUUCUCAUCAUAUUUGUGCUUCCGUCAGACAAAGAGGUGUUUGUGUGCGUACUUCAUGUCAUCAUAUCACAAGUGGAGGCGCGAGUACCACAGCCACCACCAUUGCAUCUACUGCCAGUACCAUUGCAACUACCACCGCCUCCACUAGAGGUGGAAGUACCACUGCCUCUACUAUUGCUACCACUGCCAGCACCAUUGCAACUACCACCGCUACCACUUCAUCUGGUGGUGCAAGUACCACUGCUUCUACUAUUGCUACUACUGCCAGUACCAUUGCAACUACCACUGCUACCACCUCAUCUGGAGGUGCAAGUACUGUAGCUUCUACUGUAGCAUCGACUGCUAGUACCAUUGCAACUACUACUGCCACAACCACAGGAAUUCCAUCCUCUGCAUCAACUGUUGCGUCAACUGUUGCGUCAACUGUUGCAAGUACCGGAUCGACUGUUGCGUCAACUAUUGCAUCAACAACCGCUACAACUGGUCGUCCAACUGGUGCAUCAACUGUCGCCUCCACAACUGCUUCAACCACAGCCUCAACUGUUGCCUCCACUACUGCAUCUACAACCGGUCCAGCUUCAACAAUGACCCAAACAACCACUGCUUCAACCGUUGCAUCGACAACUGCUUCAACAUCUGGCCGUCCAACGACAACAGCAUCAACUAUUGCAUCAACUGUUGCUAGUACCGCUUCGACUGUUGCAUCAACUAUUGCCUCAACAUCUGCUACAUCAGCUUCAACAACUGCAUCGACCACCGCCACUACAACUGCAUCGACCACCGCCACUACAACUGCCUCUACCUCCGGUCCAGCUUCAACAAUCACCCAAACCACCACUGCCACGACGACUGCAACUACAACUGCAACUACCACUAAUAGACCAGUCACUAUCACAACAACUGCUUCUACCACCGCCACUACAACUGCUUCUACCACCGGUCCAGCUUCAACUAUAACCCAAACCACAACAGCAACAACUGUAGCAAGUACCACCUAUAGACCUUCUACUGCUGCAUCUACUACACAAAGCACCACUGCCACAACCACUGCAAGCACCAUCGCCCCAGGAGUAUCAACGAUUACCCAAACUACCACGGCUUCCACCACCCAAACUUCUAAACCAACCACUGGUGCCACCACUGGAUCUCCAGCUACCACAGGUGUUACUGCUUCAACUUCUCCAGCAACCACUCGUCCAGCCACAACUGCUGCUACCACUGGUGCUUCAACAUCGACUAACCAAGCAACAGCUCCUGUAACCACUCAAAUGAGUUCUCAACAAACUAGUCAAGCAACUACUGCCGCAACUACUGCUCCAGGUACUACUGCAGCAACUACUGCUCCUGCUACUACUGCAGCAACUACUGCUCCACCAACAACCACUGCUCCACCAACAACUACUGCUCCUGCUACUACUGCAGCAACUACUGCUCCACCAACAACUACUGCUCCACCAACAACUACCGCUCCACCAACAACAACUGCUCCACCAACAACAACUGCUCCACCAACAACUACUGCUCCACCAACAACUACUGCUCCACCAACAACUACUGCUCCUGCUACUACUGCAGCAACUACUGCUCCACCAACAACCACUGCUCCUACUACUACUGCAGCAACUACUGCUCCACCAACAACCACUGCUCCUGCUACUACUGCAGCAACUACUGCUCCACCAACAACAACUGCUCCACCAACAACUACUGCUCCACCAACAACUACUGCUCCACCAACAACUACUGCUCCACCAACAACUACCGCUCCACCAACAACAACUGCUCCACCAACAACAACCGCUCCACCAACAACAACCGCUCCACCAACAACUACUGCUCCACCAACAACUACCGCUCCACCAACAACUACUGCUCCACCAACAACAACUGCUCCACCAACAACUACUGCUCCACCAACAACUACCGCUCCACCAACAACAACUGCUCCACCAACAACAACUGCUCCACCAACAACUACUGCUCCACCAACAACCACUGCUCCACCAACAACUACUGCUCCACCAACAACAACUGCUCCACCAACAACUACCGCUCCACCAACAACUACCGCUCCACCAACAACGACCGCUCCACCAACAACAACUGCUCCACCAACAACUACUGCUCCACCAACAACAACUGCUCCACCAACAACUACUGCUCCACCAACAACUACUGCUCCACCAACAACUACUGCUCCACCAACAACUACUGCUCCACCAACAACUACCGCUCCACCAACAACAACUGCUCCACCAACAACUACCGCUCCACCAACAACAACUGCUCCACCAACAACCACUGCUCCACCAACAACAACUGCUCCACCAACAACCACUGCUCCACCAACAACUACUGCUCCACCAACAACAACUGCUCCACCAACAACAACUGCUCCACCAACAACUACCGCUCCACCAACAACUACCGCUCCACCAACAACUACCGCUCCACCAACUACUACCGCUCCACCAACUACUACCGCUCCACCAACAACUACUGCUCCACCAACAACAACUGCUCCACCAACAACUACCGCUCCACCAACAACAACUGCUCCACCAACUACUACCGCUCCACCAACAACUACUGCUCCACCAACAACAACUGCUCCACCAACAACUACCGCUCCACCAACAACCACUGCUCCACCAACUACUACCGCUCCACCAACAACAACUGCUCCACCAACAACAACUGCUCCACCAACAACUACCGCUCCACCAACAACUACUGCUCCACCAACAACAACUGCUCCACCAACAACUACUGCUCCACCAACAACAACUGCUCCACCAACAACAACUGCUCCACCAACAACUACCGCUCCACCAACAACUACUGCUCCACCAACAACAACUGCUCGACCAACAACAACCAGAUUAUAA